AUGGAGCCUCCAUUGGAGGCCUGCAUUAAGGAAACGAACCUCAAAGGAGAUGACAAUAACAAAACAACAACAGAGAAAGUCCAAACCUCCUCAGAAAUGACCAGCACUACUUGGAAACGAAUAUGGCCGUCAGUUACUGAACAGCGUAUCUCUCCCUUUACAAAUACCUUUCCCACCAAAGCAAACGAAGCAACAAGAGCACCGCCCACAUUCAAAGAGCGCCUAACAAACAUGGAAAAGGUGUAUACGUCUAAGGCAUCAAUUACCAUGAAAACUAAUAAGGUAACCACGCCUACUUAUACACCGACCACGCCUACUGAUACAUCGCCCACGCCCACGUCCACUGGUACUCAGACCACGCCCAAUGAUGUACCCACCAUGUCCACAGACGAAAUAACCACGCCCACUGAUACACCGACCACACCAAGUGAAUCGCCUACCAACGAGCUAUCUAAUAGUUCAUCAACUCCAAACCCAUCUGAUUGGAAUGCUUCGUCAAUUGAAACUUCACAUGUUAACAGUAUCACCACAACCGUCGAUAAUCUGCCCGUUGACGAUCAGACCACGCCCACUCACAUGACCACGCCCACUGACAAGGCCAUGUUUUACUAA